AUGGCCGCCUCCACCAUGUCUGUCUGCUCUGAAGCCUGCACUGAGUCCUCCUGGCAGGUAGAGGACUGCCCAGAGAGCUGCUGUGAGCCCUGCUGCUGUGCCCCCAGCUGCUGCCACUGCUGUGGCCCAACCCCUUGCCUGACCCUCCUCUGCACCCCAGUGAGCUGUGUGUCCAGCCCCUGCUGCCAAUCUUCCUGCUGCACACCCUCAUGCUGCCAGCAAUCUAGCUGCCAGCCAGCUUGCUGCACCUGUUCCCCCUGCCAGCAGCCCUGCUGUGUGACCCUUUGCUGCAAGCCUGUCUGCUGCACACCCAUCUGCUCUGGACCAUGCUGCCAGCAGUCUAGCUGCCAGUCCUCAUGCUGUCAAUCCCCCUGCUGUGUGCCUGUCUGCUGCAAGCCUGUCUGCUGCAAGCCUGUCUGCUGCACACCCAUCUGCUCUGGCUCCUCCUNCUGCUGCCAGCCCUCCUGCUGUGCUCCUGUGUGCUGCAAGCCCUGCUCCAGCCUGUCCCUGCUGUGCCGCCCUGUGUGCAGACCUGCCUGCUGUGUGCCCACCUCCUCCUGCUGUGCCUCCUCCUGCCAGCCCAGCUGCUGCCGCCCAACCUCCAGUGUGUCCCUGCUGUGCCGCCCUGCCUGCUCCAGACAGGCCUGCUGUGGACAGAAGUCCAGCUGCUGA